AUGGAUGACGCCUGGCAGUCUCAAGACAUCGCUCCAGCACAACCCGCAAUCAACAUUCCUUCCACCGAUGUGAAUAUGACCAAUGGAACGGGCUCUGGGGAUGAUUACCCAGCUGAAAGGAGUGGAGAUGCUCCUCGAAGAAGUCGCAGCCGAAGUCCUGGUCGUGGCCGCUCUGAUGGAGGCCAAAAUCCGGGCAACAAUCUUCAUGUUGCGGGGUUGAGCCUUAAAGUGGACAUGAGAGAACUUGAGACGGCCUUUGCAAAAAUUGGGAGGGUCAAGAAGGCCUCUGUAAUGUACGACCCCCACACUCGGGAGUCUCGAGGCUUUGGUUUUGUCACAAUGGAGACAUCUGAAGAGGCAGAAGCAGCCAUCACUGCGUUAAACGGGACAGAGCUGAUGGGAAAAACGUUGAUCAUCGAAAAGGCCCGUCGUGGUCGUGCACGUACUCCCACUCCAGGAAAGUACUAUGGCCCCGGUAAACGUGGCGGUGAUCGAGGCGGCUACGCUGCGGACCGCCCAUACGACCCUCGACCCUAUGAUAGUCGGUAUGCCAGGGACUACGACUACGACAGACGUGACAGACGCGGGCGAUACGACGAUUACCGCCGCGACUAUGACAGAGACAGGUACGACCGAGAGAGAUACGGUGGUCGAGACAGAGACAGGGAUUAUGACCGUGACCGUGGAAGGUACGAUGACCGGAGAUAUUAA